UCUGAACGAUUGAGUGGUCCUCACUCUGAAAUCCUCGUAUAGACACAGUGCCGUGCAUGAAGCGUGGAGUUUUCUUCUUCUUGUUGUUUUUUUUCCUCCUCCUCUCGUUUAAAUUAACGGUUACAGCAACAACGACAACAACAACGCAAAAGUUGGUUCGACAACUUGGAAGAACAAGCUAGAGCAGACUGAAGUUGUGCAAACUAUUAGCAUUGUUUAUUCUCAACGAACACCUGGUGGCGAUCGACUAAUUUGAGAGCCAUGUGCAACACGAAAGUCACAGCUCCUGCCAGCUACCUGGAGAGAGCCAAGGAGAUGAAGAGUCGGCUGGGCUUUCUACGGAGAAAACCCGUGACCCAAAACGAAGCUGAUCACAACGGCAAAUCAACUGCAGAGCCCAGCCAGGACGAGGCGCAUGCUUGGGCCGAGUCGUUGGACAAACUCCUCGUGCACAAAUAUGGGCUGGCCGCAUUCCAAGCAUUUCUACGAACAGAGUUCAGCGAGGAAAACAUUAACUUCUGGCUGGCCUGCGAGGACUACAAAAAAACAAAGUCUGCUUCCAAGCUCACCAGCAAGGCACGCAAGAUCUUCUCCGAAUACAUCGCAAUCCAGUCUCCAAACGAGGUGAACCUGGACUCGUGCACGCGAGAGCUGACGGCCGCCAACCUCGUCAAGCCCACGGCGGACGCGUUCGACGUGGCCCAGAAGCGAAUCUUUGGACUCAUGGAGAAGGACUCUUACCCUCGCUUCCUCCGCUCGCAGCUCUACCUGGAUCUGACUAAAUGAGGCACACGUCACAGCCUGAGCAUAUACUUUUUUUACGCUACAGCAACAACAAGAAUGAGAAUCGAAACGGCGGUAGAUUUUACCGGAAGCAAAAUUUUAAACCGAUUCUCCGCUCGAGCGACGGCAGACGAUCGCUGCGUUUCGGUUGUAUCCGAAGGCUGCGAGAGAAACGGGUUGCGACGCAAUUUCGAGAGGUUAGAAGGUGGUGGGCAGGGUGAUAUAUUUGAGUUAAAUUAAGCAGGGAAGCAUUUACCUAUAUCCUGCUAUUGCUCCUAUUCAUUUCCGAUACCGCCCUGUUCCGUAGAAUGUGCCGGUUACCAGUCGCCGUCUGUGGUCAGUGCCUCACUUUUUUGCGCACUUCACUGGCCUGCAGUCGUAAUUUUAUUGACAAAAGGCACAACUUUUGUCGGACAAUCGAUGGCACGGCACUUCACACGAUUCCUUUUCUCAGGAAGAAAGAACGAAUGAAUGAACGUCUUUAACGGUGGAACUGCGCAGAGGCGAAGUGUUCUUACAUGGGACGACAGUGCAGGAUUCCUUUUUAAAGUUUAUUUUUAUUUUUUAAACGCCAUUUCGUAUUGCGUUUGUACUUCAAGCAUCGUUCUUAGAUCAGAAGAUUGAUGUUCGAUGCAUUUUCGUGAGCUAAUUCUAUUUUGGUUCAACACGUAGGCUUUCGCGACCAAUAUUAUUCAUAAUAGUGUUUUGGGGUUAUAUCGCGUAAGUAAAUCCACAAAAUUAACAAUUUGAAAAAUGUUGUGGAUUUAUCCUCCAACACACCGGUGGGCUAAAGUAGUAACUAAUUGGCGCGUUGUUCACGUGACAAACCUUGCUGGCUGUGUCGGGUGGUGGAGGGCUACGACACAUGUAUACUUACGCAAUCUAACCCAAAAAACUUUAUUACGAAUAGUUUUAUUUUAUUUUCACUUCCUUUCUAUGUUACGUCAACGGUAUGCUUGUUACGCAUUUAAGCCGAAGCAAAGUGCCGAUUCACGCUUUUGAAACCCCAGCGGGUUCCCACCAAACCUGCAGCCCACACAGGCCGUGGGACGACGCGGCGUCGUGGAAUUGUUGCGGACACUUUCCUCUUCCGUGAAAACACCUCGUUUUUUUUUACUUACUGCACGGUGGUCCACGAAAAAAAAACUUAUGAGGGUUGAUAGCGGGACCCUGCAGGCCCGGAAAGGUUGGGAACGACCGCAUCGAAACGAUGUAUCCUGCGAUAAGGGUUGACGGAUGCGUGAGUGUUCGUCUUGGCUGAGGACAGAAGCAGUCUGGAACUGUUUUGUAUUUAUUACGGUGCGUGAUGGAUGUGUUCGUCUUUGUGGUACUAUGAGUUUUGAGGACAAAAAAAAUGCGUCGCUUCUCUGUUGAUGUGAACGUGCACAUUUUCUAUUUUUACGUGGAGACUUUCGAAUCCCUGCCGUAAACGAUGACGAAAAAUCGGUCGCUUGUGUGCAAUUUAAAUUUAAAAGUAGAACAACAGCGUAGAUCGAUGAAGUUUAAACGCUCAAUCUUAAGGCAUAUUUUCACGGUUGUAUUAUAACUUCGGCAAAGAGGCAAAUGCUUUAUAAUAAGAACCAUAUUUGUACAGUAAGUGCAAUAUAAUAAAGAAGUAACUUUUUUUUUACAUUGACGGUAACUUUUGAAUUUGUGUUUUAUUUCUUUCCCUUUACAAGAAUUUUGGAAAGUUAUAUUUGAAAUGGGGAAAAAAUGUGUACAUCCGUAAUAAGCUCUUGACAAUGUCAAUAUUGUACUGAAAACAAUCUUAGAAUGUUUUCCUUAAAGGUGGGUAUAAAUGAAUGUCCUGAAAUUCUUUAUCGGGCACUUUGAGUACCUGUGUGGAAAGGUGCGUUAUAAAUGUAAUUUAUCGUCACACCUAAACCACACAUAAUCGAGGCAAUUGUUUAUCAAUUUCCUUGCCAUACAUUUCAUCUAAAAAAAUCAACCUUAAAAACAGUAACAGCCAGAAUUUGUUUGAAUAUUUAGACGCCCGAGUACAUAUGUGCAUUCGUGUAUGACAUUAUUUUCGUGGGCAUACACCACAGUAAUUGUUUAUUUAGCCGUGAACAACUGGGCUUGAGGGUGACCUGCCCAAGCACAGUAGUAGUUGUGUAGAAUUUUGUAGCGACGUAGCUUUUUGAUCUGGUACGCAGUUGUCCGGGGCUGAGUUCUACAUUGACUUACAUUGUGUGGGCGGGGAGGGGGGGGGGGCAGGGGAGGGAUGGGUGGUAGGGGUUAGGGGGGGGGCACUAAAAAUAUUCCAUGAGAAAUUAAGGAUUGAGUAAAGGAUUUGCUAAUUCUCCAAAUACAGGUGUGACUCGUGAAGAGCAAAUGCUAAGAAAUAAUUUGAUUUGGUUUCCAAAGGGGUCCUCUUGGGGAAUUAAUUGGAAAAUGCCAAAGUCAGAUUCACUAUCUGUGCUGGCUGCAGAGUUGUCUUGGCAUUUUCUCAACUUUUUUUUCAUUUUGUAUGUAUUUUGAAGUUCUUUCGCACCGUACGUAGCCAACCGUGCUAAUUGGAGGUGCGAAUUUAACUGAUGUCCUUGAAUUUACCAUCAGUGUUAAUAUUUUACCGUGUCUUUUUUUUUCUUCCCAUAUCAACUUGUUUGACGUACACGGCGUGUGUUGUGUAAAUAAUUGGCACAAUUCCCUCUCUGUGCACAUGCUAGUCAUGGUCCAUGUAAGGUUGUGAAGCCACUGUGUUUCUGGUGACAAUCGCAUCUAUGUCCGCUUACUUUUCAAGCAAGAAUAAACUUUUAAACAAAUA